AUGUAUAGUUUCAUGGGUGGAGGCCUCUUCUGCGCCUGUGUAGGUAACAUCCUUUUAGUCGUUUCCACCGCCACAGACUACUGGAUGCAGUAUCGACUGUCUGGGACAUUUGCACACCAAGGCCUGUGGAGAUAUUGUGUGACCGGAAAAUGCUACAUGCAGACGGAGAGCAUCGCGUACUGGAACGCCACAAGAGCUUUUAUGAUCCUCUCCACACUGUCCUGCUUCGCUGGGAUCAUUGCUGGGAUCUUGUCCUUUGCACAUUUCUCUACUUUUCAGAGAUUUAACAGAUCAUUUGCUGCAGGCAUCAUGUUCUUCAUCUCCACUCUUUUUGUAUUACUGGCCAUGGCAAUUUACACUGGAGUAACAGUUAACUUUUUGGGAAAGCGGUUUGGCGACUGGCGUUUCUCCUGGUCCUACAUCUUGGGCUGGGUUGCUUUGCUUAUGACUUUCUUUGCAGGAAUAUUUUACAUGUGCGCCUAUCAAAUGCAUGAAUGUCGGAGAGUCACCGGACCUCGCUAA